UGGUAUCUCGGCCGCCUGCACUCGCAAUAUGAGCCCAUCGUCUCCUCCAGAGUCACCUCAAGACUCGAAGAAGCCCGGAGAAUGAUCCCCAGCGUCAAGUUGGACUGGCCCAUCCCACCGGCCAAAGACCCUCGCGCUGCUUUCAAUUCGUCCAAGCUCGCGCUUCUCAUAGAGGCCAGGCCACUCCCUCAUCUGUCUCCUUUGAUGAUGCACAUGAUGGCGGUGGUGCCGCCUGACUGGCGCUUUCUCUUCGUCGGAUCGAGCGAGAGUAUCAUGAGCGUCAGCCGUGCCUAUUCGAUCCAGCACCAGCAAGUCAUUGGGAAGCUGGACUUGGUGGAGCUUCCUCCCCCGUGGAGCAUCGCCAGCAAAGAGGACGUUUUCAGGCUGCUCACCGAUCCGAGGUUUUAUACCGAGUUCUUACCAGACGCAGAAUGGAUCUUGAAAUACGAGCACGACAGUAUGCUGUGUGCAAACUCGGAAACGAGCUUGAACGAUUGGUUGGACUGGGAUUGGACUGGUGCUGCGCGCUCAGAUGACGAUGGCUUCUCCGGAUACGGAGGCCUCUCGCUACGCCGAGUGUCAGUCAUCAAGCGGGUUCUCAGUUUUCAAGCACGCUUCAACGACUCGGAGCCUGAGGAUGAGUGGUUCGGGAAGCGUCUAUGGGUACUUCCCGGUGCUAAGAUUGCCUCCAAGUUGGAUGGUGCCAUCUCUGUGGAGGACGUGUACAUGGAGAGACCCGUGGGCUUUCACAUUCGCGAAGGCGGCAACAAUUCGAACGAGGACAUGUGGAGUGAUGCAGCUCGUCGAAGGGAAAUUUUCGACUACUGCCCGGAGGUGAGCAUGAUCAUGGACAUGAAGCUGGAAAGAGAGAGAUGUCCAGAUGACGAUGGGAGUGGGGUUCGAGAGGAUCCAGGGAUGGAAGAGGAG